UUUCCGCCGCCGCAGCCACUCCAUUUCCCUUUCUUCCUCCUCCCACUCCAACUCCGACCCCAACCCCCUGUCCCCUUCUUCUUCCGCCGCCCGGAGGACUCGUCCUCUCCGUCUCGUGUUUGUCCAUGAAUCCGGCUCCGACUAGGACCUGAUUCUCCUCCUUAUUCUCCCCCCUCUAUAUAAAUCCAAACAAAUACCCUGUGUCUGUGUGAUAUCCAGAUCUACCAUGUCGCUGAAAGGCUACCACGAAGCCUCACUGCAUCCGCCGGCUGCGUAUGACGCGGCGGCGGCGGCGCCGGAGGCAGCGGAGUGGGACUGGGGGGAAGCCCUCCUCGACAGAUCCGCCUACAUGGUCGACAAGAAAGACCACGAGAAAAACCAUACCUCCGCCUGCCGUCGAUUUCGGAGGAGCCUGCACGACAGGGAGGUGGAGGUGGAGAUGCAGGUCAGCCUGUUCAUGGCGCCGCCGCCUCGCGUUUCCUACUUUUGCUGCUCCGCCAACUGCACCGACAACGACCACGGUGAACAAGGAGACACCCCCCGCUUGUUCAUCCGCGAGCCUUGGAUGAUCGCCACGGAGGGUGACCUUGCCCUCUUCACUCUCUGCCACGGCCACAACCGUUCCUUCUACUCCGAAAGCAGCAACUACGACUACUUCCUCUACCAGGCAGCAGCCUCACCGGCGGGGAAGCCGGAACUCACCCGGCUCCCGCGGCCCCAACCCAACAUGCUACCAGCUUUCGGAAGUCGCUGCUUCCCUACCGGCAGUAUUGGCAUCUUGCGUUACUGCAGCAACAUCCCCACCGCCGCCCACAAAAUCCCCUUGACGCCCCCCACCCCUAUCCCCAGCCCCUCCGUCGCCCUUCCCCGCCCCCAAAGUAUCCCCUUCACGCCCCCCACUUCCGUCCUCAGCCCCUCCGUCACCUCAUAUUCUCAAGCCCGCCCCAAGGAUGAUGCCUGUGAUGCCUACAGGAUUGCGGCGCUAGCCUACGACCCUUUCCACCCCAGCCAUUCCGGAUACUACCUCUGCACCUACGACUCCAAGGACCCUCGGUGGAGACGCACGCCCGCUGCCUCUCCACAGCCACCACCGCCUGAAGACUUUGUGUCCAGCAAGGUCAUCACCAUCCGCCGCUCUGGCUCCGGCUCCUGUUCCGGCAUCAUGGGCUGGGUCGACCUCUGGAGUGGCAUGCUCCUCUGUGACGUGCUCGCUGCCGCCGCCGACACCCUCUGCAUCCCGCUUCACUAUCUCACCUUUCCAGAGCCGAGGCAGCUGCGAACUGAGCUCCCUCUUGCCACAGACAUUGGAUACCACUUUCGGGACAUCGCCCUAGCCAAUGACUCCGGCAUCAUCAGGUUUGUCGACCUUCAGGUCCACGCCGAACCCAGCCCGCGCUCGCAAACUCCUAGUGGCUGGACGGUGGUCACGUGGACCUUGGAGGGGCUCAAUGGCGGUCUGGAUGCCCUGUUUUUCCGGCAGGAGCACGAGAUCCAUUCUGGACAUAUCCACGGCUACAACCUGCCUCAGUCUCUCUUUGUUUCCAACCCCAUCCUCAGCUCCGACAGAGAUGGCGUCCUCUACCUCUUGACCAAUGCCAGCAGCGAAAACACCAACAACAUGCCGUCGAAGGUGAUUGCUCUUGACCUCAACCAGAAGAUGUUGCUGGACGUGCAGGAAUUCGACAGGCAAAGACCCAGCUCCUACAUGACCACUAGCAUCUCCAGCUAUCUCAUGCCAGCUGCUGCAGUUUCAAAGGAGAAGGAGAGUAUGAAACGGCGUGCGCCAAAGUCUAUGGGAUCCGCUCGCAAGAAGCAGCCUGCCAUCGCUAACCCAGCAGCGGUAGGAGGAAAGGGUGAUGUCGGGGAUGCAAUGGACUUGUCACAGUAGGUGGUUUGUUUGGUGGUUUGUUUGGGUACGAGUGCCCUUUGAGAUGACUACCAUCAUGGAUUCUUUGCUCUCACAAGUUUCAAACCAUGCCAUCCACCAUCGCAGGAAGUAGUAUGAAUCAGAAUUUUAUUUAUUAAGUUUAUGAUGGAGGUUAAUUUAGGAGAUGAUUAUUUAUAUUUAGAGCUCCCUCCAGGUGCCUGUUAAUUUGCUUACUAUUAUUAUUGUGCUCUAGGUAGCUAGUACAGGAUGAUGUCCCUGCAUGGUUUGUAAUCCCCUCCGUACCUGCUUUGUUUGACUUUCUACUAUUGUUAAGGUUAUUAUGAAUGUCU